AUGAUAAACGUUAAGUGGAGCAACCCGGUCCCGUGCAUCCGCACGAGAAGAGUCGGACAGAAACGGGUGGACUCGGAAACGCGUGAAGAGCUGGUGUCCAAAUACGCCAGGCUGAGUGAGUCUCCGGGUGACGCGGGGCUCCUCGGUAGCUCGCCAGGGUCCCUGCUGUCCCCGGUCCCCAUGAGCGGCCCGACCCAUCAAGGUCCGUCCCGGAUAGGCCAGUUUCUGCUCCUACGUAUGGCCGAUCAGGACAGGAUGCACAGCGCACUCAACAUUGACACGGGAGACGCGCUGGUGUGCAAGGUGUUUGAUAUGGGUCUGUACCAGGAGAAGAUCCAGACCUACAGCAUCCUGCCAGUCCACAGGAACAUCGCCCGUAUCCGAGACAUUGUCCUGGGGGAGCGCUGGGCAUACGUCUUCCUAGAGAAGGAUCACGGGGACCUGCACACCUUCGUUAAGAGCUGCAAGCGUCUGGACGAGGAGCAGGCGGCACAGCUCUUUCACCAGGUGGCGUCGGCCGUGGCACACUGUCACCAGCAUGGCUUCGUAUUAGGAGACCUGAAGCUACGCAAGUUUGUCUUCUCCGACAGGAAAAGGACCCAUGUGAAGCUGGAAGGCCUGGAGGACUGCAGGGUUUUAGAAGGAGAUGAUGACUCCAUGUCAUACACCCACGGCUGCCCAGCCUACAUCAGCCCAGAGAUCCUGAAUGGCUCCAGCUCCUACUCCGGAAAGCAGGCGGACGUCUGGUCGCUAGGGGUGAUGCUCUACACCAUGCUGGUGGGACGCUACCCUUUCCACGACCCAGACCCAGCUACCCUCUUCUCCAAGAUCCGCCGGGGCCAUUGCUGCCUACCAGAGGGCCUCUCUUCCCGGGCCAAGUGCCUGCUGCGCUGCCUGUUGAGGAAAGAUCCAUGGGACAGACUGACCGCCGCCGAGGUGCUUAUCCAUCCGUGGUUCUACACCACUGCCGCCAACGUCAACGCACAGGAAACAGGGGUCAGUGAACAGGAAGUGGGCUCGGUGGAACAGACAGUGCCUUGCUGUGAUAUGGAAGAGGAGGAUGAUCGGUUCUGUUGA